CCUCUUCGCUCUCUCCGGGGGGACCUCUUGCACGAGUCGAGGUGGGCGGGGCGGUCAGGGGACCGCGGCGAACAGCGCCUGCCGCCUCCCGUCGUGGCCUCCACCACCCGUGCCAGGAACCAAACGCCGAGUCCCGAGCUCGCGGCAGUAGUCGCACAUUGCAAGGUGACCGAGACAGAUUCGCCCGCCGAGGCGUUGUUUUACUUCGCGGUGUCUCGUCGCGCGAUGCGCCACGUCGACUUGUCUCUCCGCGCGCGUUGUCGCCGGGAGGCCCUGCGAGACGAAUCCGCUUGGAAGCCCAAACGCUGCGCGAUAAUUAAAACUUUUUUUUACCGCGGAAAUUAUGCGUGCGCGUUUUGACGCCGCGUGUGUUGCAACGUGCCUUCGAAUCGGCUUAAGACGUUGACAAGUUCAAUCGAAAGUGUGUUUUAAAAAAAGAAUGGGAACGUGUUCCGUUUAAUUUAGAGGUAAUACCUCUGAUCUGGCAAAGGAAAACAAACUAACGUUGGCGGCCGUGACAAAUGACCGCGGACUCUAAAGUCAGCGCGUGUUUCCAGCGAAGGGAGAAGGGUCGGUGCCGGGUUCCUCCUGCAGAGACUCAUCAGCAGUGACGAGCCCAGCACCAGUGAGUUCCUCCAUCCCACAGACUCAUCAGCAGUGACGAGCCCAGCACCAGUGAGUUCCUCCAUCCCACAGACUCAUCAGCAGUGACGAGCCCAGCACCAGUGAGUUCCUCCUGCAGAGACUCAUCAGCAGUGACGAGCCCUGCACCAACGAAUCCCAGACUGACGAGCUCCUGGGGCCAACACUCCAUCGGGCCCAUGGCUCAAGCAGGAGGUGGCGUCGACGCCGGCGGGAUCCAGGCGGAGCCCCUGGCCGCUCUCCUGAGCGGAGUCGUGGACCUGCUGUUCGGCGAGGAGGACGCGAAGGCGGUGGCCGUGAGCGAGGAGGCGCUCAGGGGGAAGCUUUACCCAGACACCACCCAUGACGACUUCAAGGCGCUGCUGAACAAGGUGAAGGGGCUGCUCAAGGCGAUGGCAACGGCCGACAUGGACAGCACGCAGUUGGAGGCCUUCCUGGCGGCGCAGGUGCGCAAGCCGGGCGGUGUGACAGCCCAGCAGGCGGCCAUAUUGGCACGCUUCUGGAAGAGCCACCGGGGCCGUGUGCGAGAGAGUUUGGUCGCCCGCUGUCGCUGGGAGCCGACGCUGCACAGCGUGAACUGGCGCGUGGACGUGCCGGCAGCCAAUGGGCACAGUGGUGACCAAAGCGGAGCUCCCAUCGCCUUCCUGGAGCUCGACAUUGGCCAUGAGGGACAGGAGCCCGACCGUUUGUCCUUGGAGCUGGACGAGGCUGGCAUUGCAAAAAUCAUGAAGAGUGUCACUGCCAUUGAGCAAAGAAUUGCCAAACUUGGCCAGUGAGGCUGCUGUCCACCCUCUGGUCAUCAAGGAUCAAGGCCACCGUGGACAAACCCAAGGCACUGCAGUUGGUAGGGACCACAGAGGGAUCUGUCUGCUCGUGAUUUUCAUUUUACUCGCACAUGUGCUCCAGCCAAUAUUCCUGCAACAAUCUCCAUUUUGUUGAAAAAGCGUUUUUUUACUUGAUCUGUUGAACCUAUUUGCAGCGAGCAGGCUAAGAAAUCCCCCAAGCCCUGAUGGAUUUUAAUCAGUUUAGUUUCAGGUACAGUCUGCCUUAAAUUACACAUGGGAAAAUUGCCUGAAGAUUUGGCUCAAUGGAAGCAAACCUUAGUUGUUCAUGUUUCUCAUUAUAAAUGUAAAAAAAACCUUGCAGCUUAAUUAAAACAUCUUUCACAUCUUGGGCUGUUCUAUGAAUCUCUACACAUUGCUAACUUAAUUACUUGAUUUCAUUAUAUUUGACGAGGAGAUUUACCAUACAAUUACAAAACUAUUACCGAAGAAAUAAAAUACAGGUAGUCCUCUACUUACGAUGGAGAUGCGUUAUGGAGGUGCGUUACGGCGACCCCAUCGUAAGUCAAAAAUAUCGUAAGUCGAAGAUGGCCUAGCCUACCCAGGAGUCUUAAGAAUGGUGAUAAUUUAGCAAAACAGAGCGAUAUGCUGUAUGUAUUUAUUAAUUACAAUACUGUAUUGCACAGUAAAAUAAAAAAACAAGGUAAAUUCUUAGCCUACCUACAUGAACUGAAAUUUAAUAGAAAGUUUUUUCAGGAAACAAUCCUAUCUGCUAGAAAAAAAAAAACUUGUAACAUGCAUUGAACGUAUGUAUCGUAUCGUGGUAACCCUAAAAUGAAAUCGCUAAAGCUACGUAUCAUACAUGCAUUGAACGUAUCGUAAAACACAGAAAAAAAUAUACGCGCUAACACCGAGACAACUUAACUCCAUCGAACGCUGGUGAGAGUGAGGCAUCACCACACAAGGCGGGAGACGCGUACAUCCCGGCAGCAUCCCAACGUACAGUAUCAUACCUCGUACGCUGCUGAGUUUGCCUGCCGCGCAAAAUUUAAAAUAUUUUACAAUUUUGUCAUAUCGCUAUCGCCAUCGUUAGAUCGAAAUACCGUAAGUCGGACCAUCGUAACUCGGGGACUAUCUGUAAAUGGCUUUUAUGCACCGUAUAUGGAGUGUUGUAUUAGCGGGAUUAAUUGGAAGAUUCCAUUUAAGCCCGUGUGCCACAUUUGUAUGAUUGAGUACGCUUGACGAUUCUACAGUUAUGUAAAUAUAAUCUGUGCUGUAUUGCUUAGAUUUUUUUCUUUUUACUAAUCUUAGAUGUUCGUCUCAUCAUCUUACAAGCAAAUAAACAUCUUGAAUUGGAAAU